AUGGAUGGGUCAAAAGCAAACUACUUUGCAAGAACUGAGUUAUUUGCCAAAGAAGUGAUUGAAUGUAGCUCGCAAUAUGGAGAAGAUGGAAGAACAGCUUUUGUGGCGGAGAAUCUGUGUGGUCCACCAACAAUCUAUCCCAACUUUGAGGACUCAACACGUUCUUGUGCAUUUCUUAAUUAUGGUUCUCGUUGGGAAUCCUACCCAGGAUCGUUAAAAUCAAUUUCUGGUGGCCCGCUUGCAUACUCAAGCACGGAUUAUGUUGAUGUUUUCUUUGAACGUCCUCUCAUCAUUGUUCGUAUGAAGAUCUAUGAAACAUUUUUUCCUGGUGCGAUUGUAGCCAUUCGUGCCUGCUACCGAGAUCAACCGACUGGUAACCCUGUAAAUGCGCGAGGAAUGUAUUGGGCUACCUUAUGGCAAUCGGUUGCUCAGGACCACUUGUCAAGUUGGCUAGAAAUGGACGGGCAAAGUGCACUAGUGUCCGUUGAUCCUAAUAAAAGCUCACAGUACGGAAAAGCUAGAAUAUUUGUACCUGACCUUUUUAAUAUUCCACUUGUGCCGACAGAUCUCAUUCGGAUUGAACUUGAUGUCCGUCGCUGUGCGUACCACACACAGUUGGAUGCUGUACAGGUAGAAGGUUAUGAACCGAUCUCUGACGAAGAAACCAAAACUCGAUGUAAAAAGAAUGGCAAGAAUCGGAUUCUUCCAAGAAAGGAAUUGGAGUGGUACUUGUCCAUCAUUGAAGAAAAAAAUAAUGAAAAAAGGCAAGCAUUAUUAAGCUUGCCGUCUCCAAGCCCAGUAAGUUUUUACUACGAUGCUUUUAUCGUGAUUGUGAUUAUUCAUACUUCCUUUUUGGCAGACUCCCAUGAGGUUCUCCUUGCGAUUUUUCGGUAUUUAGACUUGCCGACCCUCUGUCGAAUAUCUUGUGUAUGUCGCACGUUCUAUCGUCUUGCCGAUGAAACUCUUUCACGCCUUGAGAGCAUCAAUUUGCAAGCCCUAUGGCCAUCCACGACGGAUUCCACUCUCUCGGUGCUCUCCCGACGACUACAAAGGAGCCGAAAUACGGCUGUUUAUUCAUGUGAACGAACACGUGGACGGGGCACACGCUGUGAGCCAGCACCUGUCCACUAUGCCUCGUGGAGCAGCCUCACGGAACAAGGCCUCACUCAUCAUACUACCCUUGUAUGCGGUGGCAGUGGGCCACCAGCUGAUAGAGUUCGAUCCUCUGCAUCGAAAGGUUGUAACAAUUGUUUAGAAAAUGCUGUACUCUCCAGACUUAGAAGGCUGGACGCUUCCUGGUGCGGAAAUUAUCAAGCAGUGAGUUUUGAUGCUUCUUCGCAUACGAACAUUUGUGUGUUCUUUCCAAGUCUAUUAAUUACCGCUUUUUAG